AAGACCAGAUGCCGGCUUCACUGCGUUUGAGAAAGAAGGAAGGUUGAGAGAGAGUCACGAUGCAGAGCAACGGGGCUUCUCCUUCUCCUCUUCUUCCUCCUCAACCUUCUCGCGGAAGCAAUGGGGCGGCGGUGGUGGACAAAGGGGUGGACUUCGCCAACUACUUCUGCACCUACGCCUUCCUCUACCACCAGAAGGAGAUGCUCUGCGACCGCGUCCGAAUGGACGCCUACUACAACGCCAUCUUCUACAACAGGGAUCGCUUCCAUGGCAAGACUGUCUUAGAUGUGGGCACUGGAAGUGGAAUUCUUGCAAUCUGGUGUGCACAGGCAGGAGCGCGAAAAGUUUAUGCCGUUGAGGCAACAAAAAUGUCAUUACAUGCCCGUGAGCUCGUGAAAGCCAAUCGUGUUGAGGAUGUUGUUGAAGUUAUCGAGGGAUCCAUAGAAGAUAUUGAGCUGCCAGAGAAAGUUGAUGUCAUAAUAUCUGAGUGGAUGGGGUAUUUUCUGUUACGGGAGUCAAUGUUUGAUUCCGUUAUUUGUGCCCGUGAUCGCUGGCUGAAGCCAACAGGAGCAAUGUAUCCAAGCCAUGCUCGGAUGUGGUUAGCACCAAUCAGGUCAGGCCUGGGGGAGCAAAAAAAGAAUGACUAUGAUUCAGCAAUGCAGGACUGGUAUGGUUUUCUUGAUGAAACUGAAGCUUACUAUGGGGUUGACAUGAGUGUAUUAACGAAGCCUUUUGAAGAGGAGCAAAGAAAAUACUACAUGCAGACGUCGCUAUGGAAUAACCUUCAUCCUCAACAAAUAAUAGGAACUCCUGUUGUGAUCAAAGAAAUUGAUUGUCUGACGGCCAAAGUUGACGACAUAAUAGCAGUUCGAUCAGAAUUUACGACAAAAAUAGAUACUGAUACCGCGCGACUUUGCGGAUUUGCUGGGUGGUUUGAUGUUCAUUUCCGAGGGAGCAUCAACGAACCGGCAACAAGGGAGGUGGAGUUGACAACAGCCCCUUCUGUAGACAACUCUACACAUUGGGGUCAACAGGUCUUUCUCUUACACCCACCUGUUCGAGUAAAUCAUGGAGAAACCAUAAAGGCUGCUUUCUCUAUGUCCCGUUCGAGGGAAAAUCAUCGACUGAUGGAUGUUGAAUUUGUCUGUCAGCAACUACAACCAUCGGGGAAGUCGUCCUCACCGAUCACUUCCAAGUUCUACAUUGAAUAACAAUAAUACUGUCGAAGAUGUCAUCUACGUGUAUUAUUUUUUAUGAAAAUUUACAUCACGGUAAAGGAUCGUGGUGUGUAGGAGAGCAUUACUGGUCGCUUCCUACAUCAAUAGCAGGAGUUUUUACGGCUUCCAGUGUAGUAUAGACUAUAGUGAACGUUUUAUUGUCCUUUAUUGUUCUUUCCAUGUGAAGGCAGAGUGUGCUAUGGGGAUGUCCGUUUUGCGUGACUUGGUAAAGAGAAAAUAUGACAUUUUCGGUUUUAUAUCAAAGAUAUAGAUGAACCUUUUGAGUUGUUGAAUGUUAGUUUUCAUCUUUAUUUA